CCGACCCUCGUGUUCUUCAGGCGGUGCACCAUAGGAGAGGAGGAGGAGGACUGGGGCUGUGAACGCGCAGGCGGGCGGGCGGGCGCGCCCGUGAUGCGAAACGGGCGUGCGCGUGUGUGCUCUGCUGCGUGAGACGCGACACGUGCGUGUGAUACCACAGUGUGAGCUGCUGCCUCUGCCUCUGUGCAUCGAGCGUUCUGCGCUCCCAACACUGGUGGGGGUACCCGAGGCUCGACGUUGCCCUACCUACCGUGGAAGUUACCAACACACCUGAGAAGGACAGCUUUCAACAUCCGUUUAUUUAUUUGAUCGUAUUUUUUUUAUCCCCACCACCACCGCCCUCCUCCACCACCCCCCCCCCCCAAACUUAAGCACUUGGCAGCUGUGAGAUGCACUGAGAUAACAGAAGCUCUGAAGAUGGGAAGUUCAGGUGGAUGGAGUUUGCUGAUAAUUUGGUUGCUUCUAAACGGAGCCGCGUCUCAAGAAGUGUGCAGCGGAACAGAGAACAAGCUCAGCGCAAGUGCCACGCGCGAGCUUCAGUACCAGACCCUGCGCAAGAUCUACGAGCACUGUGAGGUCGUGCUGGGAAACCUCGAGAUCACCAACAUUGGGCCCGACAAAGACCUCAGCUUCCUGCGGACUAUUCACGAGGUGUCGGGCUAUGUGCUCAUCGCCAUUAAUGAGUUUGAACACCUGCCACUGGAGAACCUGCGAAUCAUCCGAGGCACCAAACUCUAUGAAGACAAGUAUGCGCUGAGUGUCUUCCUCAACUAUCGCAAGCACAGUACCAACCGUAACGGGCUCAAGGAGCUGCGUCUGCACAACCUAACAGAAAUCUUACAUGGAGGGGUGUACAUAAAGGAGAACAAGCACCUCUGUUACCACAACACUGUGGACUGGUGGGACAUUGUGAAAGAAGGCAGCAUUGUCAACAUCGACAUGGACAACAGCACCACAUGUGCUUCCUGCCAUAAAGGCUGCCAUAAGCACUGCUGGGGAAAUGGGAUGAAAUACUGCCAGAAAUUCACCAAGCUGACGUGCGCACGGCAGUGCGAUGGCCGUUGCCAUGGCCCUACUCCCAGUGAAUGCUGCCACUCCCAGUGCGCGGCUGGGUGUGAUGGUCCACGGGACACACACUGCUUUGCAUGCAAAAACUUCAAUGACAGUGGUUCCUGUGUGAGCCACUGCCCUCCACCUACCAUCUACAACCCCGUCACCUUUGCACAGGGCGAAAACCCAGACGUCAAAUACAGCUACGGUGCCAUCUGUGUCAAGGAGUGUCCACAUAAUUUCGUGGUGGACUAUAAUUCAUGCGUACGAGCGUGCCCAGCCGGGAAGCAUGAAGUGGAAAAAUUCGGCAAGAAGAAAUGUGAGACCUGUACCGACGUCUGCCCUAAAGCGUGCGAUGGGAUAGGAACAGGAAACCUAAGCCGAUCACAGACGGUGGAUGCUACCAACAUAGAUACAUUUGAGAACUGCACAAAAAUCAAUGGAAACAUUGCAUUCCUCACCACAGGCAUCAAAGGGGAUGAUUACAUGAAAAUCCCACCUCUUGAUCCUGAUAAGCUAAACGUUUUUCGCAGCAUUAAAGAGAUAACAGGUCAUCUUAUGAUUCAAGCUUGGCCAGAAAAUAUGACAGACUUUGCUGUUUUUGAAAACCUCACGACAAUCAGAGGCAGAGUGUUACAGAGGACCUUUUCUCUUCUUGUGGCUCGCAUCCCCAACAUCACGGCACUGGGGCUAGCCUCCCUACAGGAAGUGAGUGCCGGCAAUGUCUACCUCAAGAAUAACGAACGUCUGUGCUACUACAAUACCAUCAAAUGGCCUGCGGUGUUUGUGAGCGAACAACAGACGUCAUACGUUCACGACAACAAGCCAGAAGCCGACUGCAAUGCGGAUGGUGCUGUAUGUGACUUGCUAUGCUCGGAGCAUGGCUGCUGGGGGCCUGGCCCUGACCAGUGUAUCUCCUGUCAGUUCUUCCGCCGUGCCCGCUCCUGUGUGGAAUCCUGUUACAUCACUGAGGGGCCAUACCGCGAGCACAUGCAGGAUGCCGUGUGUGCACCUUGCGACCCCGAAUGCCUCCCUGUGAACGACUCGGUCACCUGCUUUGGCCCGGGCUCCAACAGCUGCGUGCGUUGUGCGCACUACAAGGACGGCCCCCACUGUGUGAGUGCGUGUCCCGUCGGGGCACAGGGUGAGAAUGACGAGAUCAUCUCAAAGUACCCCGACAAGAACAAUACUUGCCAGCCCUGCCACCCCAAUUGCUCCCACGGGUGCAUUGGCUUCACAGAGCAGGACUGCUCUCAGCCGUGGGUGGAAUCGGCCCUUCACUAUGGGAAUAGGACCGGCUCCCCAGUGCUGGCAGUCAUGGCAGUGGGGGGGCUGUUUGCCUGCGUCAUGCUGCUCCUGCUUGCCGUCGUAUGCGUUCGUCGGCGCAACAUCGCGCGCAAGCGCGCCAUGCGGCGCUACAUCGAAAAGGAGCUCGUGGAACCCCUGACUCCAAGCGGGGCAGCACCCAACCAGGCCCAGCUGCGUAUCCUCAAAGAGACGGAACUCAGGAAGGGCAAGAUGCUUGGCUCCGGGGCCUUCGGCACUGUGCACAAGGGAAUCUGGACUCCAGAGGGUGAGGACGUAAAGAUCCCUGUGGCCAUCAAGGUGCUCAGAGAGGCUACAUCCCCAAAAGCCAACAAGGAGAUUUUGGAUGAGGCCUACAUCAUGGCGAGUGUGAGCCACCCACAUCUCGUGCGGCUGCUGGGCAUCUGCCUGACUCCGAGCGUGCAGCUUGUGACCCAGUUAAUGCCACUCGGUUGCCUGCUGGAGUAUACACGGGAGCACAAGGAGCACAUUGGCUCCCAGCUGUUGCUCAACUGGGCCGUACAGAUUGCCAAGGGCAUGAUGUACCUGGAGGAACAACGUUUGGUGCAUCGGGACCUGGCAGCACGCAACGUGCUAGUGAGGACCCCUCAACACGUGAAGAUCACAGACUUUGGCUUGGCACGGCUACUUGACAUCAAUGAGAUUGAGUACCACGCAGAUGGUGGCAAGAUGCCCAUCAAGUGGCUGGCCCUGGAGUCCAUUCAAUACCGCACCUUUACCCACCAAAGUGAUGUGUGGAGCUAUGGAGUGACCAUUUGGGAGUUGAUGACCUUUGGAGGGAAGCCUUACGAAGGUAUUCCAGCCAGGGAUAUCCCUGAGCUCUUGGAGAAGGGAGAACGGCUGCCCCAGCCGCCCAUCUGCACCAUCGACGUCUACAUGAUCAUGGUGAAAUGCUGGAUGAUUGAUGCGGAGAGCCGUCCACGAUUCAAGGAGCUGGCUGUGGAGUUCUCCAAAAUGGCUCGAGAUCCUCAAAGGUACCUGGUUAUUCAGGGUGAUGACCGCAUGACGCUCCCCAGCCCCUCGGACAGCCAUUUUCUGCAGAGUCUUCUUGCCGAGGAGGACAUGGGUGAUGUGGUGGAUGCAGAAGAGUACCUCAUGCCUCAGCAGAACUUCUUUGGAGCCAGUGGGGAGAAUCACAGUGGAGAAUCUGACAAGUCUAUCAUGAGCAACAGCUACAGUGUCCAUGGCCCUGAGUCCAUCUCAAAUAUUUGCAACCUAUCAGGACCUUAUGCCUCCACAUCCUACCUUCCUAUGAGAGGAACCUCCCUCCAGCAAGACGACAAUGCACAGGCUCAAAAUGGGAACCUUGGACAAAACGGACAUCUGGCUCGCCGGCUCUCGGACCAGUCGCGGCAGAGCGAAGCGUCGGUGUGCACGGCGGCCUGCGCUUCGUCGGCCUGCACAGCCGCCUGCGUGGCCGCCUGCACGCCAGAGUGCAGCGCCUUCGACGCUUCCUGUUGCAGCGGCGGUAGCCCGAUCGCAUGCGCUCAGCAGCAGGGUCACAGAGCCCGACAGGACAGCACCACGCAGCGCUACAGUGCCGACCCCACGCUCACGCUUUACGAGGCAGCCGCCCCCAAGGUCGCAGUGCGCCUGGACGAGGAGGGAUACGUCCUGCCCAACGCAAGCGGCUCCGUGCCUGAAUAUCUGACACCAAUAGAAGACAAUCCGUUUGCAGCAGAGGUUUCCACAAAUUCCCACGGGUGUGGAUAACAAGGAAUAUCACAACGUGACGUGGGAUAGGCAUGGCUCAGCCAAUGAGUAUCUUAAUGAGCCAUGGUACAUUAACAGCAGCCGUGGACUU